ACCCGCUAAUGGUAGAUGUCACCUCUGUAGAAGUAAAACGUUGAGCUCACGUCAGUUUCGUAGAGGUCAGCGAGCCAUGGCAGUGGAGGAAUCUCUUCGCAUUCAAACAUUCAACGAAGUUCCGUCUGCGGAAGAAUUCGCCUCCCAUAUUGAACCGAAGAACGUCCCAGCUGUUUUCGAAGGAUGCGUCAAGAAUUGGAAGGCGUUCUCCAAAUGGAAUCCCUCAAAUGGUGGCCUCGCUUACUUGCAGGAACUUGUUGGCUCAACCAUUGUGGAAGUAAUGCUGUCCAGAUCUGCACCAGUCUUUUACGGUGAUAUUAGAAGCCACGAAAGGGUUCCAUUGCCAUUCUCAACCUUUAUCGGAUAUUGCAUGGAUCUUUUACAAGAUAGAGAGGAUGGAGAAGAUAACCCUCGUCACUCAGAGAAGAAUAGGGUGGAAGUAUGUGGCAUUGAGCAAACUGAUUGCUGUAUUAGAGAGGCUCAGCAAAUCUAUCUAGCUCAGGUGCCAAUUCUAAAUUCUGAGAACGAGGAAGCCAUACAACUGAAGUGUUUGAAUGAAGACAUACGUAAGCCUCUGCUUUUGGGGACAAAAAGCAUGGCUUCUGUCAAUUUGUGGAUGAAUAGUGCUAAGACCAGAUCAAGCACUCACUAUGAUCCACACAAUAACCUUUUAUGCAUAGUUUCUGGAUGUAAACAAGUUUCUUUGUGGCCACCUUCUGCAAGUCCCUUCUUAUAUCCGCUGCCAUUAUAUGGGGAAGCGUCAAACCACAGUGCUGUUACGUUAGAAAACCCAAACCUGUCACUGUACCCAAGGGCAAAAUAUCUAAAUGAGUAUUCCCAGAAGGUCAUUCUUCAUGCUGGUGAUGCACUUUUCAUUCCUGAAGGAUGGUUUCAUCAAGUGGAUAGUGAAAAUUUAACGAUUGCUGUUAACUUUUGGUGGCGCUCAAAGAUAAUGUCUGAUAUGUUAGAGCACAUGGAUGCAUAUUACAUGCGAAGAAUAUUGAAAAGAUUGACUGACAAAGAAAUGAACCAAAGACUGCAUCAACCUUCUAUAACUGUGGGUAAAAUUGCAGCCACUACAAGUGGCCAGCCUUCUAAUGCACAUGGAGAUCAUACUGAUCCUACUGUUGCCUUGAGCCAUGGACAUGACAGCUUAAACAGAAAUAGACUAAAACAAAAUAUCAUGUUGCAAGAUUUGGAGCCCCUUGAACUCCAGUCUCUACAUGAACUUGUUUCUUUAGUCCACAACAAUGUCAACCAAGGACAACCUGUGGGAUGCAGCUCUAUUGAGGCUGCAGGAGUUGAAACCAAUGAUCAAAUGGAUAACAGAAAGGAAGUCUUUCAUAACUGUCAAGAAGAUCCAGUAGCGAAUCUUAUUUGGACUCUUAAUCCACUUAUGCUUAGGAUUGUCUUUGUUGCCAUGGCACACAAUUUUCCAAGAACUCUGGAGGCUUUAGUAUUGCAUGCAUUAUCUCCUCUUGGAGCAGAAAUACUAACUCGUAAAUUUGAAGAGAUGGAUCAAAUUGUUGCCGAGGAAGACAGGAACCAUUUCUACCAGAUCUUUUAUGGUGUGUUUGAUGAUCAAUUUGCUGCAAUGGAUGCACUUUUAAACAGGAAAGAAGCAUUUGCGUGUCAGGCAUUCAAGAAUGUUCUGGAUCAAUAUUUGGGAGUUAAUUUUGAUGGGCCUAAACCACAAGUGUGAUGAGACAUCUACUGCUGCCAAUUUCUGUAAAGAAAAUUCUGGUCCCUCCUUCAAAUUGAGUUGGAUUCAUGGAAGAAGCUCUCUUUUCUCAGUUUUUUCUUAAACACGUGAGUCUGCCACGGUAACCUAUUAUAGGUCCACACUAAUACUGGCUGUUUUGUAUUUUGAGAUUGUUAGGAACUAUAGGGUUUAUUGUACAUCUGAGCUUUGCAUGUGAGCUACUCUAACUAUGCUCAUCUCGAAAUCUAUCACUCAACAGUUGUAUAUCAAUUAGAUUAGAAACUCGGGUUUAUCUCUCCCUGUGCUUUACUGUAAACCUAUCCUUUGUCACUUUGCCACAUUUAUGAAUUAGGCACGAGCAGAAGUUUGGUGACUCAUGGAAUGCUAACUGCUAAUUUAAGCUUA